AUGCCAUCGCCUCGUAUCAUCCUCUACAACGUCCAGGGCUCCCACUUUGGCCAGCGGGUGUGGCUCGCGCUCGAGCAAGCCAAGGCCAACUACACGUUCCACGAUUUCCAGUUUACCAACCCCCGCCCGGAGUGGUACUUGCGCCACAUCAACCCCAGCGGCGCCAUUCCAGCCAUUGCCUUCGACGUGCCCGAAAACUUCUCUCCAACCGACCCCCCACCGGGCACAGUCGGCGUGAACGAGUCCCUCGCCAUCCUCGAGUUCCUCGCCGAGGCCCUUCCCGACGCCAACCUCCUCCCGACCGACCUCGCCGCGCGCGCCGCGUGCGCGCCUUCAUUUUCCGCUUCGAGUUCGCCUUCGCCAAGGCCUUCCGACGAGCUGACCGGGACCGCGCGGCGGUACCCGGACGAGCCCACGGGCCGCGACGGCGGGUUCGUGUUCGGGCAGUGCGCGAUAUCGGAAGUACCCGCGGGGGAGGGGCGCAAGGCGUGGGAGGCGUACACCCACGAGGAGAGGUUCGCGCGGCUGCGCACGUACGUCGCGGACGUGUUCGCGCACCCGAUCUUCAAGGCGACGUGGGACCUGGACGCGGUGCUGGCCACGUGGACCAACUACGAUGCUGUCAAGCGUGCCUGA